GACGGCCUAACCCUAAUCAGAAAAAGAUUAAAAUGAACAUUAAUAAUAAAUUUCUUCCCUUUCAAUUUUCAUUUCUGCUGCCGUUAAUAAAACACCCAUGAUCGGCAUAUUAUAAGAAAGAAUAUUCCUCCUUUAUAUUACAGGUUCCUAAAAAUUAUUAUUAUUAUUAUCAGAUUGUUUUUCUUUGUUAUUCUUCUUGUUUUGGGAUUUCCCUCAAUCCAAGAAAAUGGGGAAGCCAACCGGGAAUAAGAAGUUUCAAGAAACAGGCAAGAAAGUCAUGGAAGCCAACAAGCAGAACAAAGGCGCCGCCGCUGAUCGGACGUCCAAAGCUUUCGAUGAGGACACGGCAAUCUUCAUCAACAUGUCCCAGGAGCUUAAAGAAGAAGGUAACCGACUCUUUCAGAAACGCGACCAUGAAGGCGCGAUGUUAAAGUACGAAAAAGCCCUUAACCUCCUCCCUAAAGCCCAUAUCGAUGUCGCUCAUUUGCGCAGCAACAUGGCUGCUUGUUAUAUGCAAUUGGGUCUCGGCGAGUACCCUCGCGCUAUUAAUGAAUGUAAUUUGGCUUUAGAGGUUUCUCCUAAAUACACCAAAGCUUUGUUGAGAAGAGCUAGGUGUUAUGAAGCUUUGAAUAGAUUGGAUUUAGCUUAUAGGGACGUUUAUAAUGUUUUAACCAUUGAACCCAAUAAUUCGUCCGCUUUGGAGGUUUUAGACAGCGUGAAAAAGGCUAUGGAUUGGAAGGGUGUUACUGUUAAUGAAAAUGAACCUGGUUUCUUUGAUAAUAAUCCCUCCGGGGCUUCACGGUUGCGAAAAGUGGUGCAAGAGAAGUUGAAGAAGAAGAAAACCAAAGGAAAGUUUGUUGAGAAAGAUGAAAAGACUGAUGAUAACGUUACAGAAGAGAAGAAGGCGGAGGAUAAGGUUAGUGUUGUCAAGGAGGUCAAGGACAAAGAGAUUGUUGUGAAGACUGUUGAGGAAGAGAAGAUGACUGUUGAGGAAGAAAAAACGAUUACAAAGACGGUGAAGUUGGUGUUCGGGGAUGAUAUUAGGUGGGCUCAAUUACCUGUGAAUUGUACUGUUAAGUUGGUGAGGGAUAUUAUUCGAGAUAGGUUUCCUGGCCUGCAGGGUAUUCUUGUGAAAUACAUGGAUCCAGAGGGUGAUUUGAUUACGAUGACUUCAACAGAUGAUCUUAGGUUAGCUGAAUCAGUCGGUGGUCUAUCAGGAGGAUCACUAAGGUUCUUUGUUGUUGAAGUUAGUCCAGACCAGGAACCAGCUUAUGAAGGAGUAAGUAAAGAGGACAUGGUGAAGGGUGAAGAGAAAUUGAGUGAUGUUGUUGAGAAUGGUGAAGCUAUAAAAGGAAAAUCUAUGGAGGAUUGGAUUGUCCAGUUUGCACUACUUUUCAAGAACCAUGUCGGGUUUGAUUCUGAUUCGUACUUGGAUCUUCAUGAACUUGGGAUGAGAUUAUACUCGGAAGCAAUGGCUGAUACUGUGACAAGUGAAGAUGCGCAGGAGCUUUUUGAAAUCGCUGCAGAUAAGUUCCAAGAGAUGGCAGCUCUGGCAUUGUUCAAUUGGGGAAAUGUUCACAUGUCCAGGGCAAGGAAACAUGUCAUCUUAACAGACGACGGUUCAAGGGAAUCUAUGCUAGCCCAGGUUAAGAUUGCGUAUGAGUGGGCACAGAAAGAAUAUGUACUGGCGGCAAAGAGGUACGAGGAAGCAUUGAAAAUUAAACCAGAUUUUCAUGAAGGUCUUCUUGCAUUGGGGCAACAGCAGUUUGAGCAAGCAAAACUCCACUGGUACCAUGCAGUUGCUAGCAAGAUUAAUUUAGAAAGUGGACCUUCCGAGGAGGUCUUGAAGCUUUAUAACAAGGCAGAGGACAGCAUGGAGAAGGGCAUGCAGAUUUGGGAGGAAAUGGAGGAGCAACGGCUAAAUGGACUCUCCAAAAUUGAUAAGUAUAACACUCAGUUGCAGAAAAUGGGGUUAGAUGGGCUGUUUAAAGAUGUCUCUGCUGAGGAAGCUGCUGAGAAGGCUGCAAACAUGAGUUCACAGAUAUACCUGUUAUGGGGCACCUUACUUUAUGAGCGUUCCGUUGUGGAAUACAAGAUUGGGUUGCCAACUUGGGAGGAAUGUUUGGAGGUUGCAGUUGAGAAAUUUGAACUUGCUGGAGCUUCUCCAAUAGAUUUAGCCGUUAUGAUUAAGAAUCACUGUUCGAACCAGACUGCAUCAGAAGGCUUAGGUUUCAAAAUUGAUGAGAUUGUACAGGCAUGGAAUGAAAUGUAUGAUGUAAAAAGGUGGCAGACUGGUGUUCCAUCAUUCCGACUAGAACCAUUGUUCCGUCGCCAGGCUCCAAAGCUUCUUUCUAUCUUGGAGAAUUUUUAAGUUUUCUGUUGAAUCGGUAUUCUUUCGGGGCACUAGACAAGUGCUUCGGUUCUAUUUAAUUCAUUUUCCAAGAUCAGUGUUUUUGUGCUACUAAGAUAGGUGCAGCUUAUUACUCUUCGACUUCUUUUAUCAGCAAUUUCCAUGAUGACCAUUUACCUUAUAACUGUUAAUAUUCUUUGAUGUGAUAUACUUAUCUAUAAAAUACGAACCCUGUUUUAAAAUCACAGUAUGAAAAAUAGUUUUCAUCAGACACAAACUGAAAUUAUGUUUUGGUUCUAUAUUAGCCGAUCAUUCAGCCUAUUUUACCCCCUUGGGUCAUGUGGCUAUUUAUCUUGUUUGAUAUAUGAUUUCUUUCAAUCGCUGAUCGGACUGAAGAUGACCAUGGUGUUUGAUCUUUUGUGUUAUUGCAGGUCUUAUAUUUUUGUCCAUGGACUUUUUUUGUGUGUGUGGCUGGUUGUUUGCUAUGGCAGCAAAGAACAAAAGCUUGUGAACUGUGAGUUUGAUAUUGGAAGGUGCAAUUUGUGAUUGGGCAUGAAGCCUAGUUCAUUCAUUCAUUUUGUCAAUUUUGGGGGAAUUUAUUUUUCUUUCACAUGGUAAUUUGCAAAGUGGUAUAUGAUUUGAUUGGUUCAUCAAUGAUCAUAUAAAUAAUUGUUGGUUGUAACUUGUAAGAUCAUCUUGUUUGUUUUUGUUAUUCAUAUAGGAUUAUAGAUCAUCAUUUAUACCAAAUUUCUACAUGUUUGUAGCUUGUAACCUUCUGAUAUUCAAAUUAUAAUGUCAACCUUAUACUUGUUUUGUUUUAUGUA